AUGCCUACCGCAACUAUAGAGGACAAUAGCUCGAAGAAGCUAUCCCUAGAUUUGGAACAAAAUGCUCCAAAGCUUCAGAAACAUGCUUUGACACCUUUAUUAAUAUCGAAAAAGGUCCCUCCAUUUAGAGAUGCCUCUGAAAUGAAAUCAUGGCCCCGCAACUUCCUCAAAAGUCCGGCUUCUUACUUGUUUUUCUGGUGGUUGAUACCUUUGAUGAAUGUGGGUUACAAAAGAACCGUGAACGAGAAUGAUCUUUUCCUUCUUCCAGAUAAUAUGAAGAUUGAAACAUUGUACAAAACUUUCGAACAACAUUUGCAAAAGAUAGAGGCCAAAAAUAAACAGCGUGCCUUGAGGAAAAAUCCAUCAAUUUCUGAAGAUGACUUAGAGAAAGCUGCUCUCACAAAAAGCUCGAUACCAUUAGCACUUCUCAAGACCUUAAAACUUAAAUUUAUGUUGGCAAUCUUGUGGAAAAUUGUAUUCGACGUCGCUUCUGUUUUAUCACCUUUGUUGACCAAAAAAUUGAUUGACUUUGUCGAGAACAGGGUCACUGAAAAACAUGCUGGGAAUGCCAUUUCCCUGGGUAAAGGGGUUGGUUACGCUAUUGGGGUUGCUUCACUCAUGUCUCUUUGUGGAUUUGCAAUCAACCAUUUCUUUGGGCACUCUUUAGAAUGUGGGAUCCAGACAAAGGCGAUAAUAACCAAGCUUAUUUUGGAAAAAUCUUUCACCAUAAAUUCCAAAUCAAAGCAGACUUACACCUCCGGUAAAAUUAGUUCAUUAAUGGGAACUGAUAUCUCAAGGCUAGAUAUGGCUGUCGGAUUCUCUCCAUUUUUGUUAACAUCGUUUAUACCUAUUGUCAUAAUUAUUGCAUUAUUGAUCGUUAACCUCGGUGUCUCUGCCCUUUCAGGUAUUGCAGUGUUCUUAGCGAUUUUGGCAAUAAUGAGUGUUUCAUCUAAAUCGCUCUUAUACUUUAGAAAGAAAGUGACCGUAGAAACAGAUGAAAGAGUUUCAUUAAUAAGAGAAGUUUUAAUAUCAAUUAAGAUGAUCAAAUACUAUAGCUGGGAAACUCCGUACCAUGACAAUAUCAAAAAGCAUCGGAAUAAAGAAACCAAAAUUCUUUUCAAUAUGCAAGCUAUUAAAGGGGUACUCUUUGCCUUAGGUUUUUUUGUACCAACAUUGUGCUCCAUGGUGUCGUUCGUGACAUUGAAUAAGGUUGAUCCAGGAAAAUCGGUCGCCAGUAUCUUUUCUUCUCUUUCCUUAUUCAGUGAAUUGUCCACCCAAUUGAUUUUGUUACCUUUGGCUGCGUCUAUGUUGGUGGAUGGUUUCGCCGCUAUCCAGAGAGUCAAGGAUUUUGUGUUAUGUCCUGAUGAAGCUCCUGUUGAUCCUGAAUGGGAGAGGCAACAAAUGGCUGACUGCGACUUUGUGGAGGAUGACGCUAUGGCUAUUCAAAUUAAAAACGCCGAAUUUGAGUGGGAAAGCAUUGAAGCUGAUGGCAUUUCUGAUUCUGAAGAAGAGGAUGAAGAAAAAUCAUCACAAGAAGUGGUUCAUGAAGAUUACUGUGAUACAAAAGAUAAUGAAAAUUCUGUCAACGAGAGCUCUGAUCCAACUGCUUUUACUGGCUUGCACAAUGUGAAUCUUAAUAUCAAGAAAGGUGAAUUUAUUAUUGUCACUGGGGUCAUUGGAUCCGGCAAAUCUUCUUUACUCAAUGCUAUAUCUGGGACUAUGAAACGUACGUCAGGGGUUCUAAAAACUGAUGGAAGCUUAUUAUUUUGUGAUUUGCCUUGGAUUCAAAGUACUACCAUAAGACAAAACAUUUGUUUCACCAACCCGUAUGUGAAGGAAAAGUACGACAAGGUUGUUGAAGUCUGUUCCUUGGUUGAUGAUUUCAAGAUUUUCCAAGCUGGAGAUUUGACAUCAGUUGGUGAGCGUGGGGUGACUUUAUCUGGGGGACAAAAAUCCAGAAUUAAUUUAGCCAGAGCCGUUUACAAUGAUUGUGAUAUUGUUUUAUUAGACGAUGUUCUUAGUGCAGUUGAUAGUCGGGUUGGUAAGUCCAUUGUUGAGAAUUGCUUGUUGAGCUACUUAGGUGAAAAGACCAGAGUUUUGGUAACCCAUCAAUUGAGUUUGAUUCACAAUGCUGAUAGGGUGAUUUACUUAAAUACCGAUAAAACAAUCAGUAUUGGGACUGUUGAUGAAUUGAUAUCCACUAAUGAAGGGUUUGCUGAUUUGAUGAAAUAUGGAAGCAAAGAUGUUGCCAAAGGUGAAAACAAUAAGCAAAGCGAAGAAGAAUCAAAGACUAAAGCUGCUGUAAAGGUGGAUUUGGAAAGCGACAACUUUGAUGAGGAAGAUAUAUUAAUCAAAAAAGAGGAUCAAGCAGUGAAUAGAAUUUCGUUUGAAGUUUAUCUUCAAUUCCUCAGAUUGGGAACCAAAAACCAUCCUAUAUUAGUGUGUCUUUUCAUUGUCUUACAAUUUAUCAUCACCACAUUUUGCACUUUGUUCGUCAACACUUGGUUAUCGUUCUGGACUGCAAAAAAAUGGCCAGAAAGAUCCGAUAACUUUUACAUUGGGAUAUAUAUUAUGCUUUGUUUUGUUGGGUUCAUUUUGAAUAUAUUAGAAUUCAUUACUUUAGCCUAUGUGUUGAACCACUGUGCCCGUGAAGUGAACUUAAAAGCCAUCAAGAAUAUUUUUCAAGCACCAAUGUCGUUCUUGGACUCCACUCCUGUUGGUAGACUAAUGAACAGAUUCACCAAAGAUACUGACGCGUUGGACAAUCAGCUCGGCGAUGAAGCAAGAGAAUUUUUAAUCCCUACUGCAAUGUGUAUUGGUAUUGGCAUAUUGUGUAUAAUCUAUUUGCCAUGGAUGGCUAUUGUUAUUCCGGUAUUACUGAUUUUCGUGGCUACAUUAGUGUCAUAUUAUCAAGCGACUGGUAGAGAAGUUAAGCGAUUGGAAGCAGUGAAUCGGUCAUUUGUUUACAACAAUUUUGAAGAAUGUCUUGCUGGUAUGAGUACAAUCAAAGAAUAUGGUGCUGUUGGGCAGUUUUUAUCAAAAAAUGAUUUGCAUAUGGACACAAUGAAUAACGCUUGCUACACUUAUUUCUUCAUUCAGCGGUUUAUGGGAGUUCAUCUCGAUAAUAUUGGUGCAAUGUUCGUGUUCGUGGUUGCCGCUUUAUGUGUAACCGGUCAAUUCAAUAUGAGUGCUUCAUCGACAGGUUUGGUGGUAUCGUAUGUUAUUCAGGCUUGUGGACUUUUGACGAUGGCUGCUCUUUCAUUAGCAGAGGUAGAAAAUGUGAUGAAUAGCGCUGAAAGAUUGGUUUACUACGGCUUUAACCUUCCAAAAGAAGAACCUGGGAAUAUCACUGCCAAUUACCAGCCUGUGAAACAGGAAUGGUUAGAAAAAGAUUCAUCGAUCCUGUUCAAAAACGUGAACCUCAGAUACAGGGACAAUUUGCCAUUAGUAUUGAGGAAUUUGUCAUUGAGCAUUAAAUCGGGUGAAAAAAUUGGAAUUUGUGGAAGAACUGGUGCAGGGAAAUCUUCAAUCAUGACUGCUCUCUAUCGUUUGACGGAAAUUGAAAAUGGUGCGAUUGAAAUUGAUGGUUUGGAUAUUUCUACAAUGCCUUUAGCUACUCUCAGAUCACAAUUGUGUAUUAUUCCUCAAGAUCCAGUGUUAUUCAAGGGGACUAUUAGGUCCAACUUAGAUCCGUUCCAUAACAGCAGCGAUGAUGAACUUUGGGAUGCGCUCCGCAGAAGUGGAUUGGUUGAAUUAUCUCAAUUGGACACCGUGAAAAAACAGCAGAUUCAAGGCACUGAUUUGAGUGCACUUCAUAAAUUCCAUUUGGACCAACCAAUUCAAGAAGAAGGCAAAAACUUGUCUCUAGGGGAGCGUCAAUUGUUAGCAUUGGCUAGAGCUUUGGUGAAGAAGACCAAGAUUUUGAUUUUGGAUGAAGCAACUUCUUCAGUUGACUAUAAAGCAGACGCUGCCGUUAACCAUACCAUUAGAACAGAGUUUGAACAAUGUACAACUUUAUGUAUUGCUCACAGAUUGAAUACUAUCAUCAAAUUUGAUCGGAUCAUGGUAUUAGACAAGGGGGAGUUGAAAGAGUUUGAUACACCUAAGAAAUUGUUUAUGAGCAAUGGAAUUUUUAGAGAAAUGUGCGAUAGAUCUAAUAUUACUGAAGCUGCCUUCUGA